CGAACAGGACACACACUGGGAGACAAGGGGGAUAAAAGACGCUACACAGAGAGGAUCGUGGUUAGUCCUAGGCCGGCUCUCGGGUUCAGCGCACUCUGAUCGAUCGACCACAUCAGAUCGCCCUUUUGUUCACCCUGCCAGCAGAGACUGAACUGGUCAGAGACUUUGUGGACUUUGGAUAAAGUUGGGAGUUUCAACAGCAAUCAACAGUACGGCAGGCAAGCGAGGACUGUAUUGGCCGUACACCCCUUCCCUCUCGCUCUUCAAACUAGACAUUUAACCUUUCAGCUACAGCCUUCUCAUCCGGGUUUGAAAUUUAGAUUACAAGAGAAUAAGAGAGACAAUAAGAGGAAAGCUGCCAUGAACGGACGUGGCUAGUGUAAUAUUUGACUCUAGGGCUAUUCAGUCAGGUGCUGCACUAGAGUGAGCAGGGUAGGCGUCUGGAUGAAGGCAGUUAGAAGUUAGGCGUGUCUCCUCGCCACCAGCUUAAACAGUCCUCUGCUGAGACCUGGCAGGGUAAUACCCACAGGCUAGAAGAUCGGACCCUUUGAACGGAGAGCUGGUCCAGUACCACCUAUACGGGGGUAACUCGGGAUCUAACAAUAUGCAGCAGUGCAGCGAUCCUUCAGAGCUGAGGAUUGUGCUCGUUGGCAGGGGAAAAAAUCGGAUUACUUCAGUGAGGAAGAUUCUCCUCGGGAGCUCAGAGGAAAAUGAGAAAUGUUCCUCUGGGACAAAAAAGUGUCAGAGGAAAGAAGUAAAGAUCGGACAACAAAAUGUUGUCAUUGUUGAAACUGAUCUGUGCAAUUUGGAAAGAGUGAGUCUGGAGGAGGAGAAAGAGGAGGUGUUGUCCCAUGCUGCUCCUGGUCCUCAUGUCUUCCUCUUUGUGCUUUCCUGUAAAGACAGAUUUACAACCCCGGAACAGAAAGCAGUGGAAAUGUUUAAGGAGACUUUCAGCAAAAACGUUACACUUUACACGAUGGUUCUGUUCACCGGUGGAGAGGAACUGGAGGGAACCAUAGAAGAGUUUGUUGGAGAAAGUGAUCUCACAAACUUUGUUGAUGACUGUAAAGGAAACUGCCAUGUCAUUAAGAACAAUGAUGAGAGUCCAUCUCAACGCACUGAGCUUCUGCAGCACAUCAACAAUAUGGUUCAGAAAAAUGGAGAAAAGUUCUACACCAAGGAAAAGGAAGAGCCUGAGAAAGAGGGAAAAGGUUGGGGAGUUAGGAGGAAAGUCGCAUUCUGUGUUAGUGCCUCUGCUCUAGGUGGAGCCACUCUUGGAGGAACAGUAUUUCCUAUGUUGAAGGUCCCAUUUGCAGCUGCAAUAGGUGUUCCAGUUGGAGCAGUAGCUGGAGGUCUGCUAGGAGGUGCAGGGAUAGUUGCAGUAGCACACAUUAAGGUUAAGUUGCAUCAGCAUCAUCAUCGAUCCCAAUACCAAUCUCUGUGAUCAGAUAUUAGCAUGCUAACUUUAGCUACACAGUUAUAAACAGUUACAAGUGGCAGGUAGAAGGUGUAAAUAUUUAAUAACUAAACCUGCUGUAAUGCAGUGAUGAUAAAAAUAAACUUUGUAGGUUAGAAACUGACGUUAGCACAAGUUUUUUUAAUACAAAAAGCACAGGCUUAUCACAGGCUACAGUUCAGUAACAUUUUUUUUUUACUGUAAAUAACAUAUAUUCAAUUCUUUAUUUACCCUAAAAACAGAAAAAGGAAUUUGUAGUGUUUUUAUGCCCCUGAGUAGUGUUUGCAAGUCUUCCUGUCACACAGUAGGUAUAACCUCAACCAAUCAGAGGGUAGAGCAGUAGCCUCUAUGUAGCCUGAGUAGUAAAUCCAGGGGCCAAAGCUGUGAACAUAUAGCUGGCUGCUGCUUGUAAUCAGAAUGAGCACAGUAAUGACUGACAGUGACCUAGAUGAGAAUCAACAGUAGUCGUGUGAUGGACAACUACUGAAAAAUGAGCUGGAACUUACUGUUGCAGAUUAGUCUUGUCUAUCACUACAAUGACCAAACAUUUUUUAAUGAACAAUGACCCUGAAUGUAUCGCAUAACGUUCAUCAACAACAUAUUUCUUUUUCCCUUCAAU